AUGUGCACUAUACACAGUCACACAGAUGGCAGCACUUUUGCUGGAGUAUUGUUCCGCUUCAUGGCCACGUGCACUUAUGUCCUGGCUAAGACCUGCUCACCCACUGAAGCUCUGCCCAUGUUCAGUGUGGAAGCGGUCAGUGAGCAGAAUGAUAACGCAUCUCUGCUAAAUGUCCAGAAAAUCAAUAUUGACAUCGGGAUCAACAGGGUGUCUCUGCUGAAAAGCCAGACAGGCCGAGUUGUGGUUAAUGGGGUCUGGAGGAAGCUUCCACUGACCCUUAGCAGCGGCACUGUCAAUAUCAAGAGCAACCCUGCUACUAUUGUACUGGAUAGCACCUUUGGUCUUACAGUCUCAUUUGACAAGGCUGGUGCAGUCCAUGUCACCCUGCCAUCGACCUACUCCGAUAAAGUCUGUGGCAUGUGUGGCAACUUUAACCACCUCAAAGAAGAUGACUUUCACAACCCCAAUGCACAAAAUGUAACAGCUUUGGUUGAAAGCUGGCAGACCGGGAAAACUGCCUCCUCCUGCGAAGCCAUUCUAUUGCCUCAUCAGUGCGACCCACUGGAGAAGGCAGAGUAUGCCAGUGAGCUAUACUGUGGAGGCCUGUUCUCUACUACUGGUCCAUUUGAUGACUGUUUAUCAGUUGUACAGGCAGAGAGCUACUUCAGAAGCUGUGUGUUUGGCAUGUGUUCCACUCAUGGUGACCCAGCCGUUCUAUGUGAGACACUACAGAUCUAUUCUGAUGUCUGCAGUAAAGCUGGAAUUGCAGUAUCCAUGUUGAGGAACUCCACAUUCUGCCCCCUUCAGUGUGGUGAGAACAGCCACUAUAACUCAUGCGCUGAUGGCUGUCCCAAGGUGUGCUCCACUCUGGAUAUAGCUGGCUCCUGUGGAAGCUGUGAGGCAAGAUGCGAGUGUGAUUCUGGUUUCAAGCUCAGUGGGGAAAAGUGUGUCCCAGAAGAAGACUGCGGGUGCUGGUAUAAUGGAAAACACUAUGAGAAAGGAGAGACACUGGUGGAAGGACAUUGUGUGCAACAGUGCCAGUGCAUGGGUAAUAAUAAUAUGCAGUGCACUAAAAUGCAGUGUGGAAACAAUGAGGUUUGUAAGGUUAAAGAUGGGGUCAAAGCCUGCUUCUCAUUCAAAUCCGCCACCUGCAGUGUGUAUGGUGAUCCGCAUUACAUCACUUAUGACAGGCUGGCAUAUGACUUUCAAGGGGGCUGUAGUUACAUAUUAACUACCACAUGCAGUGGAGAAAGUUCAGUCCAGUUCACAGUAUUUGGACACAACAUGCAUCCUCCCCUUCAGAACUUCACCCAGUCCAAGCUUGAGGCAGUGGCUCUCCAGGUGGAGGAUCUGCAUAUCAUCCUGAAUCAAAGUGGAAAGGUCUAUGUGAAGUAUAACCAUGUCCAACUCCCAUAUUCAACCAGUGGAACAUAUGGCUCAGUAUGGGUAUACGUGAAGAAUAAUUAUAUCAUCUUGGAGACAACUUUUGGCCUCAGAAUGCAGAUAGAUGGAAAGAAUAGGCUGUUUCUGCAGGUGGAUGAGCACUACAAAUAUGAACUGUGUGGACUGUGUGGCACCUAUUCUGGGUACCAGGAUGAUGACUUUGUAACGCCAGAAGGCGAAAACCUGUCAGAAGCAUUUGAGUUUGGUGACAGCUGGAGGGUGCCAAACAAUUCUGGGUGUAUUGCCCACCCAAAUGAUCCAAGACUCUGUGAUACGGAUGAGAUGGACAAGGCCUCCAAUGAGUGUUCAGCAUUGUUUGGAGAUGCUUUCAUUCCCUGCCAUGAACACAUUCACCCAAGCAUCUACCUCAAUAGUUGUGUAUACGACUACUGUGCUACAAGUGCCUGCAACAUUGACUGUAACUUUGACAACAACCUUUGUGGCUGGAAACAGAUGAUUACAGAUGCUUUUGAUUGGACAUGGCAAAGAGGUUCUACUCCCACCCUGAUGACAGGCCCCUCUGCUGACCAUACUGGUGAUGGCCACUAUCUUUACAUCGAAGCCAACAGUGCUUCAUAUGGAGACACGGCUCGUUUCAUCAGCUCUGUGUGCUCUGACCCUGGUCCUCAGUGUCUGCAGUUCUGGUACCAUAUGUAUGGCUCAGCAGAUACAAUGGGCCUACACAUUUACCUGCUCCAAAACAGAACAGCCAAUCAGAUCUGGAAGAAGAGGAAUGACCAAGGAAAUAUGUGGCACCUGGCUCAGGUGGACAUUGAAGCAACCACAGCUUUUCAGAUCAUCAUUGAGGGGCGCAGAGGAUCCAAUGAUCAGUCAGAUGUAGCCAUAGAUGAUAUAAAUCUUAUUCGUGGUCACUGCUCAGCUCCCCCAAGUGUCCCUGUGCAAACCACUGCAGCUCCACAGCCUCCUAUUGUACAUACAUCCUUUCAGCCACCAAUAACAAAUAUCACUGUGGCUCCCACCGUGGAAGAAACAACCAACUUAAUUAACAAGGACAAUCUUACUGAAGCUCCAGAUAACAGACCACCCCUGCACCCAGCAUGCCAACUCCUCUGUAACUUUGAGCAAGACUUAUGUCAGUGGAAUCAGAUGCCUACUGAUGCUUUUGAUUGGACAAGGCAGAGUGGCUCCACGCCUACUAUGAAUACUGGACCUUCCUCAGAUCACACCACAGGAGAUGGCCACUAUCUUUACAUCGAAGCCAACAGUGCUUCAUAUGGAGACACGGCUCGUCUCAUCAGCUCUGUGUGCUCUGACCCUGGUCCUCAGUGUCUGCAGUUCUGGUACCAUAUGUAUGGCUCAGCAGAUACAAUGGGCCUACACAUUUACCUGCUCCAGAACAGAACAGCCAAUCAGAUCUGGAAGAAGAGGAAUGACCAGGGAAAUAUGUGGCACCUGGCUCAGGUGGACAUUGAAGCAACCACAGCUUUUCAGAUCAUCAUUGAGGGGCGCAGAGGAUCCAAUGAUCAGUCAGAUGUAGCCAUAGAUGAUAUAAAUCUUAUUCGUGGUCACUGCUCAGCUCCCCCAAGUGUCCCUGUGCAAACCACUGCAGCUCCACAGCCUCCUAUUGUCAAUGCUUCCUUCCAACCACCAAUAACAAAUAUCACUGUGGCUCCCACCGUGGAAGAAACAACCAACUUAAUUAACAAGGACAAUCUUAAUGAAGCUCCAGAUAACAGACCACCCCUGCACCCAGCAUGCCAACUCCUCUGUAACUUUGAGCAAGACUUAUGUCAGUGGAAUCAGAUGCCUACUGAUGCUUUUGAUUGGACAAGGCAGAGUGGCUCCACCCCUACUAUGAAUACUGGACCUUCCUCAGAUCACACCACAGGAGAUGGCCACUAUCUUUACAUCGAAGCCAACAGCGCUUCAUAUGGAGACACGGCUCGUUUCAUCAGCUCUGUGUGCUCUGACCCUGGUCCUCAGUGUCUGCAGUUCUGGUACCAUAUGUAUGGCUCAGCAGAUACAAUGGGCCUACACAUUUACCUUCUCCGAAACGGAACAGCCAAUCAGAUCUGGAAGAAGAGGAAUGACCAGGGAAAUAUGUGGCACCUGGCUCAGGUGGACAUUGAAGCAACCACAGCUUUUCAGAUCAUCAUUGAGGGGCGCAGAGGAUCCAAUGAUCAGUCAGAUGUGGCCAUAGAUGAUAUAAAUCUUAUUCGUGGUCACUGCUCAGCUCCCCCAAGUGUCCCUGUGCAAACCACUGCAGCUUCACAGCCUCCUAUUGUACAUACAUCCUUUCAGCCACCAAUAACAAAUAUCACUGUGGCUCCCACCGUGGAAGAAACAACCAACUUAAUUAACAAGGACAAUCUUACUGAAGCUCCAGAUAACAGACCACCCCUGCACCCAGCAUGCCAACUCCUCUGUAACUUUGAGCAAGACUUAUGUCAGUGGAAUCAGAUGCCUACUGAUGCUUUUGAUUGGACAAGGCAGAGUGGCUCCACCCCUACUAUGAAUACUGGACCUUCCUCAGAUCACACCACAGGAGAUGGCCACUAUCUUUACAUCGAAGCCAACAGUGCUUCAUAUGGAGACACGGCUCGUCUCAUCAGCUCUGUGUGCUCUGACCCUGGUCCUCAGUGUCUGCAGUUCUGGUACCAUAUGUAUGGCUCAGCAGAUACAAUGGGCCUACACAUUUACCUGCUCCAGAACAGAACAGCCAAUCAGAUCUGGAAGAAGAGGAAUGACCAAGGAAAUAUGUGGCACCUGGCUCAGGUGGACAUUGAAGCAACCACAGCUUUUCAGAUCAUCAUUGAGGGGCGCAGAGGAUCCAAUGAUCAGUCAGAUGUGGCCAUAGAUGAUAUAAAUCUUAUUCGUGGUCACUGCUCAGCUCCCCCAAGUGUCCCUGUGCAAACCACUGCAGCUCCACAGCCUCCUAUUGUCAAUGCUUCCUUCCAACCACCAAUUACAAAUAUCACUGUGGCUCCCACCGUGGAAGAAACAACCAACUUAAUUAACAAGGACAAUCUUACUGAAGCUCCAGAUAACAGACCACCCCUGCACCCAGCAUGCCAACUCCUCUGUAACUUUGAGCAAGACUUAUGUCAGUGGAAUCAGAUGCCUACUGAUGCUUUUGAUUGGACAAGGCAGAGUGGCUCCACCCCUACUAUGAAUACUGGACCUUCCUCAGAUCACACCACAGGAGAUGGCCACUAUCUUUACAUCGAAGCCAACAGUGCUUCAUAUGGAGACACGGCUCGUUUCAUCAGCUCUGUGUGCUCUGACCCUGGUCCUCAGUGUCUGCAGUUCUGGUACCAUAUGUAUGGCUCAGCAGAUACAAUGGGCCUACACAUUUACCUGCUCCAAAACAGAACAGCCAAUCAGAUCUGGAAGAAGAGGAAUGACCAAGGAAAUAUGUGGCACCUGGCUCAGGUGGACAUUGAAGCAACCACAGCUUUUCAGAUCAUCAUUGAGGGGCGCAGAGGAUCCAAUGAUCAGUCAGAUGUGGCCAUAGAUGAUAUAAAUCUUAUUCGUGGUCACUGCUCAGCUCCCCCAAGUGUCCCUGUGCAAACCACUGCAGCUCCACAGCCUCCUAUUGUCAAUGCUUACUUCCAACCACCAAUAACAAAUAUCACUGUGGCUCCCACCGUGGAAGAAACAACCAACUUAAUUAACAAGGACAAUCUUAAUGAAGCUCCAGAUAACAGACCACCCCUGCACCCAGCAUGCCAACUCCUCUGUAACUUUGAGCAAGACUUAUGUCAGUGGAAUCAGAUGCCUACUGAUGCUUUUGAUUGGACAAGGCAGAGUGGCUCCACCCCUACUAUGAAUACUGGACCUUCCUCAGAUCACACCACAGGAGAUGGCCACUAUCUUUACAUCGAGGCCAACAGCGCUUCAUAUGGAGACACGGCUCGUUUCAUCAGCUCUGUGUGCUCUGACCCUGGUCCUCAGUGUCUGCAGUUCUGGUACCAUAUGUAUGGCUCAGCAGAUACAAUGGGCCUACACAUUUACCUUCUCCGAAACGGAACAGCCAAUCAGAUCUGGAAGAAGAGGAAUGACCAGGGAAAUAUGUGGCACCUGGCUCAGGUGGACAUUGAAGCAACCACAGCUUUUCAGAUCAUCAUUGAGGGGCGCAGAGGAUCCAAUGAUCAGUCAGAUGUGGCCAUAGAUGAUAUAAAUCUUAUUCGUGGUCACUGCUCAGCUCCCCCAAGUGUCCCUGUGCAAACCACUGCAGCUCCACAGCCUCCUAUUGUACAUACAUCCUUUCAGCCACCAAUAACAAAUAUCACUGUGGCUCCCACCGUGGAAGAAACAACCAACUUAAUUAGCAAGGACAAUCUUACUGAAGCUUCAGAUAACAGACCACCCCUGCACCCAGUAUGCCAGCUCCUCUGUAACUUUGAGCAAGACUUAUGUCAGUGGAAUCAGAUGCCUACUGAUGCUUUUGAUUGGACAAGGCAGAGUGGCUCCACCCCUACUAUGAAUACUGGACCUUCCUCAGAUCACACCACAGGAGAUGGCCACUAUCUUUACAUCGAAGCCAACAGCGCUUCAUAUGGAGACACGGCUCGUUUCAUCAGCUCUGUGUGCUCUGACCCUGGUCCUCAGUGUCUGCAGUUCUGGUACCAUAUGUAUGGCUCAGCAGAUACAAUGGGCCUACACAUUUACCUGAUCCAAAACAGAACAGCCAAUCAGAUCUGGAAGAAGAGGAAUGACCAAGGAAAUAUGUGGCACCUGGCUCAGGUGGACAUUGAAGCAAUAGAAGAAUUCCAGAUCAUAUUUGAAGGGCGACGAGGUUCCAAUGAUCAAUCUGAUGUGGCAAUAGAUGAUGUAAUGCUUCAUCGUGGGCAGUGUGCAGCACUGUCCUGCCCACAAAAUAGUCACUACGCCACUUGUGUCCCCGCAUGUAGUCCAACCUGUUUAUACUUGAAUGGCCCACCGCACUGCAGUAACAAUGAGGCUUGUGUUCCUGGAUGUGUAUGUGAUGAUGGAUUUGUGCUGAAAAGUCAGGUUUGCGUGCCUCUGCAACAAUGUGGCUGUGUGGACAGGAAUGGCACCAAACAUCAAUUCAAUGAAAAGUGGUACACCGAUCAUUGCAGUGAGCAAUGUGAAUGUGAGGAGGAUGAUGGAAUAGGGAAAAUUGACUGUGAUGACAAAGAUAAGUGUGGUGGAAAUGCUGUCUGCCUUCAAAAUGAAAAUGGCAAUUAUUACUGCCAGUCUACAGGCUUCGAUGAGUGCACUAUCAAAGGGGAGUAUAGAACAUUUGAUAAAAUGAAGCAUGAUUUUGAGGGUGAACACUCCUAUGUGCUGGUCAGGACCAGCAACUUGCCAAAUAACCUUCCAGACAUCUACAUUGAAGGCAUCAACACACCUGCCUUAGGUGAUCGUGAUGGUCAGCAUGAAAGUGAAAGUAGCAUUGAAGAAGAUCAGAGCAGCAGAGUCGGGAAAGAUGAUGAAGAAGAUGAAGAUGAAGAUGAUGACAACAGCAAAAAACAAAACAAACACCAUAGAUUACAAGAGCUUAAGAUCAGAGUGUACAAUCACACUGUGGAGUUCAAGAAGAAUCGGAACCUGAUCGUGGAUGGAAAGAGAACUGACACACCCAUCUCAGUGACUGGUGGUCUAAAAAUCUGGGAACGUUCCUCUCGAAUCUACCUACAAACUGAUUUUGGCCUGUCGGUGGAGUUUGAUAGACACAGCACAGCAGAGAUUGUUCUACCACGCAUUUAUAGAAGGAAGGUGGGAGGCCUGUGUGGAAACUUUGAUGGUCAGAAGAAGAAUGACAAGAUGAAGCCAGAUGGUACCAUGGCCAGAAGCACUCGAGAGUUUGGAGAGAGCUGGAGAGUGUGAAGGCCAGAUGAGACACUGUCCUAGAAUGUGGGCAGUGGAGGUCAUGACCACAAGUUGAAUGGAUAAAUAAGAACACAAGGUUUUAAUUAUUUAGAUUUUUCUUUAGCUCUGCUUUGCAGGUCUAUGACACUGUUUUGCUGUUGCACAAGAAGUACACAAAAAUAACUGUUAACCUACUGAAGUCACAUUUUUCAGGGACUUGGACAUGUUUUAGAUACUGAAUGAAAUUUCUGAGAUUUCUACACAUAUUUGAAAGAAUCUUUGAACUCUUAAUGAUUAUCUAUCGAAUUACACUGUUUGUCACUGUCACACUAUUUAUUCAAAGUUAAUAUUGUUUUAGCACAUAUUAAUGUGCUCGUUUAAGCUACACAGAAUGAAAAUGUAUGACUGCAAAUU